CACCACCUAACCCAGUACCUAAGAUCAGAAACCAACACCUUUUUUUUCUUUCCUUUCCUUUCCCCCCCUAGUAAUCAGCAGAAAGAACAUCGCCAGACCUCACUCUCAUUAAAAAAAAAAAACCCACCAUUGCCCUGGUCGCCGACGCCCCGUAGCCCAAUCGAGUCACCAUGAGGCUACGCACUCGACACUCCCCUCUGUUCCUCCUCCUCAUCCCGUCCCUCGUCGCGGGUCUCAGCAUCGAAACCAAGGACAAGAAUGGUGCCAAAGCUGUGGUUUCCACCGACAAGUCGGUCGAUUCGGCCGCUGGCUCCGGUGUCAAGACCAGAUUUGGCACCGACCAUGCGCCUGUCGACGGAAAGGACGGUAUGCCUCACGAGGGCCCCUUCGUCGACCAGGACAGAGACGCCAAAAAGGAGGCCGCCGACACGGACACCAACAAGAAGGAACUGCCGCCCUUGAAGGGACGCCCAUUAGACCCUACCGUCGUCGAUGGCAAGAAGAUUCCCGAGACCAACGAUGGUGUUAUGAACGACAAGACACGCCAGAAGCCCAAGGAGGGCACUACGGGCACCGAGGGAGGAGUCAGCGAGAAGGACAAGGCGCGAAAGGCGGCCGAGGGGAGAACAGGCGAAAAGCCCGACAACAAGCCCGCGGCGCCCAAGGAGCAGCCUCCUCUACCUCACAGCGAGCAUGAGAAGCUUUUGAACGAUAAGGAUGCCGCCACCAAAGACAAGGAGCACGACCAUGAUCACCACACUGCCGACGAGAUCGCGGGUCUCGAGAAACCUGCAGGCCUCCCGGACAAGCUCGACGACAAGCCUCAUCCUCUCCCCAACUCGGCGCACAAGGACCACCUGGACUUGCCUAAGUCCAAGGGCAAGUCAUCCUCGGGUCUCGACGACACUGAGGGCGUCAUCCAGCCCUUCCAUUCUUUCGUUCUGUCCUUGACCAUGAUUCUCGUCUCCGAGGUUGGCGACAAGACGUUCCUUGUUGCUGCGCUCAUGGCGAUGAAGCAUGACCGGAUGGUUGUCUUCUCUGCUGCCUUUGGCGCGCUCUUGGUCAUGACCGUUUUAUCUGCCGUCCUCGGCCACGCGGUGCCUACUCUGAUUCCCAAGCGCGUGACUAGCUUCCUCGCCGCCGGUCUUUUCUUCGUGUUCGGCGCAAAGCUGCUUCGCGAAGGUCUGGGCAUGGACCCCAACGAGGGUGUCACGGCCGAGCUGCACGAGGUUGAGCGAGAGCUGGCCGAGAAGGAGAAGGCGGGCAAGCGUCGCGGCUCCGCCGUCUCCCCCUACGCCUUGGAGAUGGGUCUGAACGGCAGCAGGAAGUCUAGGUCUAAGAGCCGCUUCCCCUCGCCCCCGCGCUCUCCCUCUCAGUCCCCGCCCCGCAGCCCUUCUCCUGGUUCGAGUGGCAUCAGGGGCUCUCUGCAGGGCCUGAACAACUUGCUCGGCCUCCUCCUGAGCCCCGCGUGGGUGCAGACGUUUGUCAUGACCUUCCUCGGCGAAUGGGGCGACCGCAGCCAGAUUGCCACGAUCGCCAUGGCCGCUGGUCAGGACUACUGGUGGGUCAUCCUGGGAGCCAUGGUCGGCCACUGUAUUUGUACCGGCGCCGCUGUCAUUGGCGGUCGUGCCAUCGCAGGACGCGUUAGCCUCAAAGUUGUCACCGUCGGUGGUGCCGUUGCCUUCCUCGUAUUCGGCUUCAUCUACUUCUUCGAGGCUUUCUAUGCGUGAUAGAGGAGGCUGACGCCCAAGGUGUCAAGUUCCUAUAAGAUUUCGCAUUUGUAUAGAAUACGCCCUUUUCACACGGCGCUUCUCGUCCCGCGGUGAUACGUGGCACACGGAGCACUCGACAUUCGCUACCAACCUUUUUUAUUAUUAUUAAUCAGAGGCCUCGGUUGUUUCCUUCCGCAUCUCGAGGGGGAAGGGGUAUGGCCAUUUGGCUGAAGAAUGCUACACGAGGUGGAAUGCAUAUCUACUUCCCUAUUGUCUGAGCACACAUGCGAGAUUUACGGUAAAAGGAGGGGCGGGGAAGAUCAAUCUCUUUUGAAAACCCCGGCUGGCAAAGCGUUCUUUUGCGAUAAGAAAGUGAAGAAAAAAAAGAAAGAGAGCAUGGUAAAGGUCUAUUCAUGUAUAAUAGGAAAGUCUCUGGCCGGGUACGCUGGAAGGGGCAUGGAUUUGGGAGUUCAAUGGAAUGAAAUCUUUGGUGGUUUGAUUUGUGUCUGGGACCUGAUACACCAGAUGACUAGGUGUUUCCCAACCUGGUUUGUUCGUAAGUUGAUGGUAGGUCUCUGAAAUCUUUGAACCGUUCGUGAUGGCUUCGUCUCGUAGCAGCAAUUGGGCUUGGAUUGGCAAUCCAGCAUCCUGUCAUUUUUCUAG